CGCUCGCCACUACCGGAGCCGCCGCCGCGGGAGGAGGGGCCGAGGCCAUCCCGGCGGCGGGGCCGAGGCGCUGAGGCAGGCCGCCCUGUGGCUGAGGCGCGCCGGCCUCCCGCCCUCGCCGCCACCGGCAGCCGGGGCCUGCCCGCGGCGCGCUCCGGGGCUCGGGACGCCGUCGUCAGCCGGCUCCGGGGCCCGGGCGGCCCCAUCUGAGGUGAGGUGGCCCGGCGGCCGGCUGCGCGGUCUGGUCUCCGUGUCUUCCCACCGGUUUUUCUGUCUCUCCUGGGGCUUUUUGAAAGAGCGAUGAAGUCUUAAACACAACAGUUUCCUGUAAUUGUUCUGUCCACCGUGUAUAUAAUCCUGUUUUUCAUACUUUGUGGCUUUAUAACUUCAGUUUUCGCAAGCAGCUGUUUCGUUCCGCAUCAGCCGUGGCAGGUCUGUAGCAAUGGCGUCAGGAACAGCACUGAUUUACGAUGAGGAGAUGACCACUCAUAGACUACUUUGGAGCGAUCCUGAUUGUGCUAUUGAAGUGCCAGAAAGACUGUCAUCAUCCUAUGAGCAGCUUAAAUCUUACCAUCUUGUGGAAAGAUGUGUCCUUGUGCCUGCCCGAGAAGGAAGUGAGGAGGAGAUCUUGUUGGUUCACAGUUCAGAACACUUGGAAGUGGCAAAAAGCACCCAGACAAUGAAUGAAGAGGAACUGAGAAGAGUCUCUGGAAAUUAUGAUGCUUUUUUCUUUCAUCCGAACACUUAUCGCUGUGCCAGACUAGCAGUAGGAGCAACUUUGCAGCUGGUGGAUGCUGUGAUGUCAGGAAAAGUGUGCAAUGGAAUGGCAUUGGUAAGACCUCCAGGUCACCACAGUCAGAGAAAUGCAGCUAAUGGGUUCUGUUUAUUCAACAACGUUGCUAUUGCAGCAGAAUAUGCAAAACUGAAAUACGGUCUACAGAGAAUCCUAAUUGUCGACUGGGAUGUGCACCAUGGGCAAGGAACUCAAUACAUAUUUGAAGAGGAUCCAAGUGUUUUGUAUUUUUCCUGGCAUCGGUAUGAACAUCAGGAAUUCUGGCCAUCACUCAAAGAAUCUGAUUAUGAUGCUGUGGGUCUGGGAAAAGGAAAAGGUUUUAACAUAAAUUUGCCUUGGAAUAAGAUUGGGAUGGGAAAUUCAGAUUAUCUUGCUGCAUUUUUCCAUGUGUUGCUUCCAAUGGCUUUUGAGUUUGAUCCUGAACUGGUUCUUGUCUCCUCUGGAUACGAUUCUGGAAUUGGAGACCCCGAAGGUCAGAUGAAUGCCACUCCUGAGGUUUUUGCCCACCUUACCCAUUUCCUGAUGCAGUUAGCUAACGGAAAGCUAUGUGUCAUCCUCGAGGGUGGAUACCACUUAAAGUCAUUGUCUGAAUCAGUCUGCAUGACUGUAAAAACUUUGCUUGGAGAUCCUGUACCUCAAAUAACUGGAGAAAUGGCACCUUGCCUAAGUGCUGUUGAAUCUAUUCAAAAUGUGAGAGCAGUACAUAAACCCUACUGGAAAUGGUUGAUGUAUGAAGACACGUCAUUUUUACAAAAUUUGAGCACCAAAUCACACCUACUAAAGAAGGCUAAUACAAAUCCCUCCACAGAACAAGAAUCGAAGAUGACUAACAAUGAUGAAAUUGCCAAAGUAGAAAGGUUUUUGGAACUGCACAUGAAAAAUAUUCUAUUUCCAGUGCCUCCCAUCAAAACAGCAACGACAACUGACUCUAAAGGUUCAGCAAAUCUGGUCCCUGUACCCCUUCAUUUGGUGAAGGAAAUGGACAAAACUGAAAUAAAAGCUCUUGUCAGUGGCUUUUAUGCAGACCUUGUGAAAGAGGACGAAAUGUGUCUAUCUCUUGGCAGGAUGUUGCCCAUCCUAGAUAAAAUACUUAAGAAGGAGGUAUGCAAUGGAAUUGUAGAAUCACCCAGAGCUGCUGUUUCUGUUGCUGUUGCACUAAGACAUUCUGUUCGUUUUGGAUUUCAAAGAGUGCUUUGUAUAUUUAUUGGAGACAUGCAAAUUAUACCGAACACAGAAGAUGGAAAAAUACUUAUGCUGCAUAUUUGUGAGAAAGAACAGUCUGGAAAGACCAGCUCCAAACACUAUAUUUCUCUAAACUGGAAAGAGGAUGCUGAAGGAAAUGACUUCUUUCCUGCUGUACUUGGAUUCAUUCUUCCUGUAGCAUACAGUUAUCAACCUAACUUGACAGUAAUAGCUGUUGGACCAAACAGGAGCCUCGGAACAAGUGAAAUUUCUCUGCUUUUUGCUUUACUACAAGGAUUAGCCGAGUCCCGAAUUUUUGCAGUGAUGGAGGACACAGAGAUAAAUUUAAUGCAAAGCGUAGCCAAAGCAUUAGCGGGUGCUUUUACACCUCACUUUGGAGUUUAUGUACCUCCUACUCAAGAAAAAGUAAAUAAAAUAAAAAUAUUAAGAGACCAGUUUCAGCAGGAAUGGAAAAUGCUUCAGUGUUCAGUGAGGUAUGGGAUUUCAAGAAAUUGACUUCACUUCAGAAUCAUUUUACACAGCAGAAGAAAAUGUGUCGCUGUUCGUGUAGCCUUUUAAACCAUCAGGGAAAGGGACGGUUGAUCUCUGAACAGAAUAAACAGCCAUUCACAAUUGUCUCCUGUUUUUAAAAUACUUAAAAUCCAUAUUUUCAGCUAGGGAACUGGGUGCUUGCAAAUUCUAUAUUGGCACUAAUCAUUCAAGACCAAGACUUCAAAGCAUCUCCUGUACUUCAUCGCUGCAAAUUGGGGCCUACGUCAUUGGUGACAUUGAAGAAUCAGGCUUGCAUGUGCAGUAGCUUGGCUGCAUGAAUGUUAAAGAAGUCCAGAAGACAGGAAUCUAAAAUAAGCAGUCAUAAUAGCCAAAACAAUUUAAUGUUAUUCGACAUAAUUGCUGCCGUCACCACCAUUUCUCUGGGAGUUUAAAUUUAACAACUGGUCCUGCAGAUUAAUGAAAUUUCAUUUCAUAAUCCCAUUGAAAAGAUUCACCUGAUGUGGGCUAUUUUAGUUUUUCUAAUGAGUAAUUGUCAAUUGCGUUGGCAUUGGAAUUGUUUUGCUCCAAUUGACAAAUUGAAUUGCUGUCUCAGAAGUUAAGGAAGAAAAGCAGCCGAGCAGCUAUAGCACGUGCAUUUCAUCUACAGCAGACCUGCAUGGUCGAGAUGAAUUUCCUGACCUACACCAGGCAUUUAUUACUGGAACUGUGCGUACACAUGUGAGGUGAUUUAAUCUCUUUCUAAUGCAUAGAAUUAAGUUAGGAUUGGUUAUGAAAACGUAUUCCAUCUGAAUAUUUGAUUUACAGCAAUGUUAAUAGAAAUCAAACCUUCAGCUCACCAUGAGAGAAAAAUAAUUUUGCAUACAUAAAAAAUUACAAAUACAUAAUUGAAUAAAGCAGCAUAAAGGGGACUUCACUGUGCCCUCUUUUCAAACGUAAAUUGUCUGUAUAACAGAGGAGAACCCCAAAGCCCCAGAGAUUCAGUAGUGGCCUAAGGCUGACAGCACGUGAACGCUCAAAAUUAAAUAAACACCCCGAGGCACCAGCCAUAGCAUGCCUUAUUCUGCAGCAUCCCGGGUAUGAUUUUUGGGCUCAUUUUCAAGAGCACUGCCCUGUGAUUGUGACUUCAAUAAUAUGACCUUUUGAUUUCAGACACUUCAGAUCAUGUUUAUACACAAUUAGACAGGAUUCCUACUGGUGGUGCUACUGGGAUCAGCUUUGCAUGAUCUAAGUAACUAAAUCUGUUUUUGCAGUCCUCUUUUUAUAACUCUUCCCAGUUACUCCCUUUGCAUUCAUACUGGUUUUCAGUGUUUGCUGGAUGGGAAACAAUACCCAAUCCUUGAAACUGGGCAACGACCAAACUUAAGCUUCAACACUUUUCAGAGCAGGAAAUCUGUUGGCUUAUUCUUCUCUCUCCCCCCAAAAAAACCCUUAUGUUGUUGUGGACAAUUCAGCAUUUUCAAGUAAAAAGCAUUUUCUCAGAAAUAUCUCGACUCGUUCCCUUUUAUCUGCCUUCCUUCAACUGGAUUUCUACAGCCAGUGUUUGAAUGAUGCCAAUGAUGUAUUUCAAUGUGUGUUUUUCUAAGAUCUUGAUUCAAUUUAUUAAAACAUGAAUUAAGACCAAAAAAA